AUGUCUCAUCACUCCAUCCUCGCCUCUUCUGGACACAAGCACUUUAGCUCUUGUUCUGUAGCUUCACCCAAACACUCCAGCUCUCACAGCAUCUUAUCCCAUUCUUCUAAACACACAGGGCAUGGACACAAGGCUCAACAUUGCUUCAGCAGCAAGAGUGCCCAUAACAUUGAAUCCAAGGGACACAAAAUUUCAUUAGCAAAUCUUAAGUCAGGGAAGAGUGGACAUGGAACUGGGUUUGGAAUAGGUAGUCUUGGCCAUGGAUUUGGAGCACACUCUGGCCAUGGAGGAAUCACCUCUGUUACUGUUAACCAAGGCCUCCUGGCUCCUAUGAACUUGGAGAUUGACCCAAACAUACAGAGAGUGAGGACUGAAGAGAAAAAUCAGAUAAAGGGACUCAACAACAAGUUUGCUUCCUUCAUCGACAAGGUUCGAUUUUUGGAACAACAAAACAAGAUGUUAGAGACCAAAUGGUCUCUUCUACAAGAUCAGAAAACAGCCCGGUGUCAGAUUGAGCCAUUGUUUGAGGCUUUUAUCAGUAACCUCAGAAGACAACUGGAGAACCUAGAAUGUGAGAGGGGUCGUCUGGAAGCAGAAAGAAACAGCAUGGAGGGAACAGUGGAAGAACUAAAAAGACGAUAUGAAGAAGAGGUCAACAGGAGAACAGCUGCUGAAAAUGAAUUUGUUUCUGUUAAGCAAGAAGUAGAUGCUGCCUUCUUGAACAAAGCUGAACUUCAGGCCAAAGCAGACUCCCUCACUGAUGAGGUCAACUUCUUAAGGACUCUAUAUGAUGCUGAAAUUGCACAGCUUCAAGCUCAAAUCUCAGACACCUCAGUGGUGGUCUCAAUGGACAACAGCCGAGACCUGGACACAAACAGCAUUAUCGCUGAGGUCAGAGCCCAAUAUGAAGAGAUUGCUCGCAGGAGCAGAGCCGAGGCUGAAGCCAUGUACCAGUCAAGGUUUGAGGACUUACGCACGGCAGCUGGAAGAAAUGGCAAUGACCUGGAGAACAGCAGAAAUGAGAUAGCUGAACUGAAUCGUACAAUUCAGAGACUCAAGGGAGAAAUUGAAUGUGCUAAAUCCCAGCGUGCAGCUCUGGAAUCUGCUAUAGCAGAGGCUGAGGAACGUGGUGAAGCUGCUGUAAGAGAUGCCAAGAGUAAACUGGUGGAACUGGAGGCUGCUCUACAGAAGGCCAAGCAGGACAUGGCUCGCCAGAUGAGGGAAUACCAGGAGCUGAUGAAUGUCAAACUGGCUCUGGAUAUUGAGAUCGCCACCUAUAAGAAGAUGCUAGAGGGAGAAGAGAGCAGAAUGUGUUCUGAGGGGCACGUGAAUGUCUGUAAGUAUAUUUUAGUAUACAUCACUGAUGUAUAAUACAAAUGCCAUAUGGAUAGUUAAUGCAAAUAUUUCCUUUUCUAUUUUAGCUGUUCUGCACUCAAGCACUGGAGGUAAACAUUCAGGAUCCUCGACCCAUGGUGGACAUCACCACCAUCACCAACACAAGGGGGGAUUCAGCUCCAGCAGCUAUAGCUCAAAAUCCAAGCACCACUCUGGCCAUGGACACCAUUGUUGAAGUGAAUCAGCUGUCAACAGCAAUAU